CCACUGUUUCCGGAAUAGGCUCAUGAUUUACUGCCACCCUGACCGCGAUAAACUGCUUGCUGUCUAUCUAACUGGAAGUCAUUAUUAUCUAUCAUGAUCAGUCUCAGGUCAGCAUCAAGUUUAUUUCCGACUUUAUUCUCGAAAUCUUAUCGUAACGCCCCCCUCAUCCCAGUGUACCACGUACGGUAGUAGACCCGAAGAUUGCCGAACGUUUCCGAAUCCCCACGAAGUCCCAUUUCCGCUUCAAGAUGGCGGCGUCGCGCAAGCCUCUGAUGCAUAGUCACCAGAGCUGGACAGAUGACCUGCCGCUGUGCCAGCUGUGUGGAGUGGGCACGGCCCCGAACUGUGUGUACAGCCCCGAUGGCAAAAGCACCCAGAUGCACCCUAAUGAGGAUGGCCACUUCCGCUUCAGUACCGAGUCCUGUUUCCUGUACGGGGUGUUUAACGGUUACGACGGCAGCCGAGUGGCCAAUUUCGUGUCUCAGUGUCUGACUGCAGAGCUUCUACUGGGCCAGCUCAACUCCGGUCACUCUGACGCAGAUGUCCGUCGCAUCCUCGCGCAGGCCUUUGACGUAGUGGAAAAGAGUUACUUUAAGACCAUCGAUGACGCACUGGCAGAAAAGGCCAGCCUUCAAGUGCAAAUCCCAGAGGGGGCAAUGUUUCAUCAGCUGUCUCCUCAGAGUCAGAAGAUUGCAGAGAGGCUGAAGACUCUGGAGCAGGAGGUCUCUGGAGGAGCCACGGCCAUAGUCGCUCUCAUUCUCAACAACAAGCUAUACAUCGCUAAUGUGGGCACCAAUCGAGCUCUGCUUUGCAAGUACACCAGUGACCGUCAGAACCAGGUGAUUCAGAUUGGACGAGCCCACACAACUGACAAUGAAGAUGAGCUGGCCAGACUGGCUCAGCUAGGCCUGGACCCAAAUCGGCUCAGACAGACGGGGACAAUCACAGGUCAGAGCAGUCUGAGGCGGAUUGGAGACUACAAGGUGAAAUUCAGCUACACAGACAUCGAUGUCCUGAGUGCGGCCAAGAGUAAGCCGAUCGUCGCCGAGCCCGAGAUACACGGCGGCCAGUCACUGGAUGGAGUCACAGGCUUCCUGUUGCUGAUGUCAGAAGGGCUCAUUAAGGCCCUUGAGGCGGCUCACGGACCCGAACAAGCCAAUCAGGAGAUGGUUGCCAUGGUGUCGGCAGAGUUGGCCCAACAGGGCAACGUGGAGGCGGCGGCCCAGUCAGUGGUGGAGCGCGUAAAGCGGCUUCAUCAUGACGCCUACGCCAGACAGAGAGCGGUGCAGUGUUCACGCCACGAGGACAUGACCCUGCUCAUUCGCACCAUUAAUUACCCUCUAUCAGACGGCUCGCUUACUCCAACGCAAGGUGGGCGUAUCUACCCUGUGUCUGUGCCCUAUUCGAACUCCCAGAGCACCAGUAAGACAAGCGUGACGCUCUCUCUGGUCAUGCCAGCCCAGGGCACGCUCACCAACGGGACCAACACAGCUUCCACGCUGGAAGGAGGCACCCCCACUCCUGGGCAAAGUCCCACGGCUACACUGCAGUCCAACACACACACGCAGAGCUCCAGCUCCAGCUCCGGCGACGGCAGCCUCUUCAGACAGCGCGCGAGCCAGGCGGCGCAGCCAGACGAGACGGGCCGAGUGCCGCCCUACGUCGACUUCACCCAGUUCUAUCAGAUGUGGAGCACGGAGCACAGCGAGGGAACGAGAGGUCCGGGACCGCAGUGAGGGCUCCAGAGAGAACAAAUGGAGAAUAGAGGCAGCUUCCAGCAGUACUGACAUGUACAAUGGAUUCUAACGGCAUGCUGUUACAACGAGAGCCGAUUUCCUGCCUUCUCUAAGGACUUUAUUAAGGCCGAAAUGUUUAAUAGCCUUGUUCUCCAGGUAAUUCGCAAAUUCCGGAUUUCUGCCUUUUUGGAGCGUUGUUCAAUUACAGGUUAGUUUUCUUUGGGCGACUAAAUGCAAAAUAUAUUAUUCUUAAUGUUAUUAUUAAUGCUCUGAUGUGACAUUUUUCUAUUAUAGCGUAACCCCUGCUGAUCAGAGCCAAACAGAUCAAAUUUCAUAAAAUAUCAUGGUGAUACUGAUGACGUUACUGAUAAAAAAAAAAAAAAAAAAAAAAAAAUGCCAUCAUGUGACUACCAGGGAAACCAUCACUCCACCAUUCUUAGUUCCUACUCUCACGUUGUAAGUGAAAGCAAUAUGUUUAUUUUUUUUUUAAAUGUUAG